UUAGAAGAAUCCGCUUCUCUUUGGCUCAGUGUCCGGCGCCGAUCACUAUUCUACAGCCUCCUGCACAGAGAGCACCCCCCGAACUGCUCCAGAGGUGAAGACGGCACGAGAGGCUCCCAUGGAUAUCUCCUUGAUCUCCCUAUUAUGAUGUAGAAAAUAAACCUUUUAGUCUCUCCAUACAUGAGAGAAUUCACAUCAAAAGACUAUUUCUUCAUAUUUAGAAAGUAGGAAAUAUUGUCCUAAAGAAAUCAUAACUUAAAAGAUAAAGAUUCACACAGUAGAGAAGCCAUUUUCAUGUUCAGAUUGUGGAAGAUGUUUUAACCAUACAUCAGCUCUUGUUUAUCCGAGAAUUCACACGGGAGAAGCCAUUUUCAUGUCCCGGGUGUGGACAGUGUUUUGGUCAGGAAUCAAAUGUUAUGGAGCCUCAAAGAAGUCACACAAGGAAGAAGCCAUUUGUAUGUUCUGAAUGUGACAAAUGUUUUACCAAGAAUUCCAGUCUUAUAGAACAUCUAAGAACUCACACAGGAGAGAAGCCAUUUUCGUGUCCUGAAUGUGAACAGUGUUUUGGUUAUAAAUCAAGUCUUAAGGAACAUCUAAAAGUUCACACAGGGGAGAAGCCAUUUUCAUGUUCUGAAUGUGACAAAUGUUUUACCCAGAAUUACUAUCUUAUAGCUCAUCUAAGAACUCACACAGGAGAGAAGCCAUUUUCAUGUCCUGAAUGUGAACAUUGUUUUGGUUAUAAAUCAAAUCUUAUGGAACAUCUAAGAACUCACACAGGACAGAAGCCAUUUUCAUGUCCUGAAUGUGAACAGUGUUUUGGUUAUAAAUCAAAUCUUAUGGAACAUCUAAGAACUCACACAGGACAGAAGCCAUUUUCAUGUCCUGAAUGUGAACAGUGUUUUCGUUAUAAAUCAAAUCUUGUGAAACAUCUAAGAAUUCACACAGGGGAGAAGCCAUUUGUGUGUUUUGAAUGUGGGAAAGGUUUUACAGCUCAAACAAGUCUUGUUGUACAUCAGAGAAAACACACAGGGGAGAAGCCAUAUUCAUGCUCGGAAUGUAGAAGAUGUUUUGCCAAUACAUCGGCUCUUGCUCGUCAUAUGAAAACUCACAAAGGGGAGAAGCUAUUUUCAUGUCUAGAGUGUGAGAAGUGUUUUAAUAGUAAACAAACUCUUGAAAAUCAUCUAAGAACUCACACAGGAGAGAAGCCAUUUUCAUGUCCAGAGUGUGAGAAGUGUUUUAAUAGUAAAUCAUCUCUUGAAAAUCAUCUAAGAAGUCACACAGGGGAGAAGCCAUUUUCGUGCUCAGAAUGUGGAAGUUGUUUUGCCUCUAAAUCAGCUCUUGCUUAUCAUGUGAAAACCCACACAGGUGAGAGGUCAUUUUCAUGUCCUGAAUGUAAAAAGUGUUUUGGUCAUAAAACAAGUCUUCAAUAUCAUCUAAGAAGUCACACAGGGGAGAAGCCAUUUUCAUGCUCGGAAUGUGGAAGAUGUUAUACCGAUAGAUCAGGUCUAGUUUAUCAUCUGAAAACUCACACAGGAGAUGAGCCAUAUGCAUGUCCAGAAUGUAAACAAUGUUUUGGUCACAAAUCAGUUCUUAAGCAACAUUUAAGAACUCACGCCGGGAAGAAGCCAUUUUCAUGCCCUGAAUGUGAGAAGUGUUUUAGUCAGAGAUCAGGUCUUGCGCGACAUUUAAGAGCUCACACCAGAAAUAAGUAAUUUUUUGUGUACUUAAUGUGAGAAGUGUUUCUCAGAAAUCAUAUCUUAUAGACCAUCUAAGAACCCACACAGAGAAGAAGCCAUUUUCUUGUCCUAAAUGUGGAAAAUAUUUUGCCCAGAAAUCAUAGCUAGUCAUCCAUAA